AUGCCAGUCAUUCAAGGUCCCUCCACCGGGUCCGGCAAAGCCCCGGAGCAGCACAGCCAGCCAUCGAGAAAAGGCAAGAAAGCAUGGAGGAAGAACGUCGACGUGACAGAGGUUGAGAAGGGCUUGCAGGAUCUGAAUGAGGAAAUCAUCAGAGGCGGCGUCAUCAAGGAGAAGGCCUCGUCCGACCUAUUCACCAUCGAUGUAAAGGGUGGCUCGACCUCUGUCGCAAAGCUUCGCAAGCGCAGCAACAAGGUGCUCAAGGUCGAUGAGAUUCUUUCUCAGCGCUCCGUAAUCCCCUCCGUUUCUUCCCGCAAACGCCCCGGUGACAAAACCACCAACGGACUCGUACCUGCGAAGCGUCAGCGGACAGACUGGGUGCCGCACAAGGAGCUCGCCCGCCUACGGAGGGUCGCCAACGGACGCCACGAAGACGCUGUGACAGUUCGAGACGCCAACUACGAUGUCUGGGAUGCUGCCGCGGAAACAAAAGGCGAAGACGCUACCGACUUUCUCCCCAAACCACAGAUGCUCAGGAUGCCAAAGUCAAUGAAGCAGCAGCCCAUAUCACUGACUGCGAGCGGAAAGCCCGUGCCCGCAGUGCAGAAUCCUACUGGGGGUUAUAGCUACAACCCCGCCUUUGCCGACUACGAAAAGAGGCUCACCGAGGAGAGUGUCAAGGCAUUGGAGGCCGAGAAGAAACGCCUGGCGGCUGAGGCAGCCGACAGGCAGAAACAGGAGGCCGUCGCUCGGUCAGCCGCCGAGGCAGAAGCCGCCGAAGAGCGCGCCAACAUGUCUGAGUGGGAGGAAGACUCCGAGUGGGAAGGCUUCCAGAGUGGCGUCGAAGACGAGAAACCAAACACCAAGCAGUCCAAGCGCAAAACCCAAGUGCAGCGGAACCGCAUCAAGCGUAGAAAGGAGGAGGAGCGCCUAGCCAAGCACAAGGCCGCCAUGAAGGAGCGCCGGGUGCAGGAGCAACGAAUCUUGGAUAUUGCCCAAGAGGUGGAGGAGCGAGAACAGCAGCGAGCGGCUGUGGCAGAAGAGUCCAGCGCAUCUGACGAAGGUGACGACGACAACCUCCGGAGGAGACAACUCGGCAAGUUCAAGCUGCCCGAAAAGGACCUCGAGCUGGUACUGCCCGACGAAUUGCAAGAAUCGCUCAGACUGCUGAAACCAGAGGGCAACCUUCUCAAGGACCGGUACCGCACCAUGCUUGUCCGGGGCAGGGUAGAGAGCCGGAGGCACAUUCCCUUCAAGAAGCAAGCCAAGACGAAGCUUACUGAGAAGUGGGCGUACAAAGAUUUUGUGCUGUGA